AAAACACUUCAUUAAAGCAGCAAUCGGUAGUAUAAACGAUAACAAAGUGUUGUCCCCGUUUCGUUUAAAAUCUGGGGGCUGGAGAAAUGUAACCACUCAAAUUCAUAGACAGAGCUAUGGAUGUUUUAAGGAAAAAUAGAGUGUUUCUUUACAGACAUUGGCGUAAAACAAGUUUAUAUUUUGGGUUCUGAUGAGGUGAGACAGUUGAACUAAACUCGUGAGGCAUUUAUAAAUUAUAUUCUUCAAGAAUAAAUGGGUGCAAAUCAUACAUUUUUAAGUGAAAAAAUGUACAGUGAAUAUAGCAACAGCUGAUUUUCCUAGGACAAAUUCCUAGGACAAAACAAAUUCCAGUUUUCUCCUCAAAGUAUGCCCGGUAAUAUAUGUUUCUAAAAGCUUGGAUUGGAACAAGGAGAGGCAGAGUAAUUCUAGGCGCAGAAUAUAAUUAUGUCAGGGUAAAUAUGGCAUGUAAGAUAUUCAAUAGCUUACUUCUCUACUUUAAUGUAUUCCUUCUUUUUUACACCAAGUACGCACUAGGGUAAAUAUACUUGCUUGUAGUCAUCCUUGGUAGUGGACUUGAAGAGUCUUUAUAAUCCUAUUUUAGGUCCAGUUAACUGAGAUUAGAAGAUGUUGUAGUCUACAUUUGAGAUUUUCAGCGGUGCCACGUAACGUGGUAGAGUGUUCCGACUGCCAAACAGCAUUGGUCCAUCCCAUCCUCACUACCCUGACGUCACUCUUGGGAACUGUCCUUACAGUGGUGGUGCUGAACAAGAUGGCUGUGAGUCGGGGAGCGGAGAGCUGAGGAGGAUGAAAUAUACCCCCCCUCCUCCCCCCAAAUUGAUCCUGACUCAGUGGGUGAGAGGGAAAGGUCAGAUUUUUUUUUUAUUUUUUUUUAUUGUCACAUAGCAGUGACACGCAUUAGCUUAGUUGUGAAGCGGAGCUGAUCACGUCCACCUAUUUAUACAGGCUAUAGAGACAGCAAUCUACUCCGGUUUGAAGCCGGUGGACAUCUGGGAGCGAUCAUAGCCAGAGCUAAGAGAUGUCAUUGCUGUGUGUUGGAGUGAAGAAAGCCAAACUCGAUGGGGCCCAAGAGAAAUUUAACACCUACGUGACGCUGAAAGUGCAGAACGUCAAGAGCACCACCAUCACUGUGCGUGGUGCCCAGCCAUGCUGGGAGCAGGACUUCAUGUUUGAGAUCAACAGGCUGGAUCUGGGGCUGACAGUGGAGGUGUGGAACAAAGGGUUAAUCUGGGACACCAUGGUGGGCACCUUGUGGAUCCCCUUGGAAAACAUCCGCCAGUCUGAUGAGGAGGGGCCGGGGCAGUGGCUGACCUUAGACUCCCAGGUCAUCAUGGCUGAGAAUGAGAUCACAGGCACCAAAGACCCCACCUUCCACCGCGUGCUGCUGGACAGCCGAUUUGAACUGCCAUUAGACAUUCCAGAGGAUGAGGCUCAAUACUGGGCCAAGAAACUGGAGCAGCUCAACUCCAUGAGGGACCAGGGCUAUACAUACCAGGAAGAGGAGAGACCACUUCAAGCACCAUCAACACAAUGCUGUAACUGGAGUCUGUGGGGAAACCAGCAAAAUGAGGACCCAGACAGUGCAAUGGACGACAGAGACAGUGACUACCGCAGUGAGACCAGUAACAGCAUCCACCCUCCCUUCUACACCAUGUCUCAGCCCAACACCUCCAUGCACCAGUACCCCAUCCUGAGAGACCAGCGCUACUCCUCGCACACCUCCUACAACGGCUCCAUCCAAGAGCUGGACUAUGACAACCAUAGAGCUAUCAGAUGCUAUGAUACUUUAGACUCAGCCAUCAACGGGCACAGCGAUCUCGAUUCAGCUUCAGGUUCAAGCCGGCACACCAGCCGCCAGUACACUCUAGACAGUAGGCACUCACUCUCCAAUAGUCCUACAGGCAGCAGUCACUAUGCUUCCUCCGGGGAGCUGAGUCAAGGCAGCUCCCAGCUCAGUGAGGAGUUUGGCCCAGAGGUCGAGGGGAACAUGAGGGGCUCUGUGGAGCUCUACGAUGAGGACAACGCCUACCACUCCUGUCACUCCUCUGUCAGCUACGGCUGGGAUCCCGACGCGCCCGAGGAGGUGUACAGUGACGAGGGGGGCUACAUCAAAGAUGACGAGGAGGAGGGUGAGCUUUAUGAGCCCGAAGAUGGAGAGGGGGAGUACGACUAUGAGAGAGAGGAGGAGGAGGAGAUGGACAGCACGCUAAGCGAGGAGCUGCACUACACCCCCUCCCCUACAAGCAUGGUUUCCACGCUGGCCCCCAAGGCCUCCAUUGCCAGGCCUCCUCUGGAGAAACAGGCCUCCCUGAGAGAGCAGCAGCCACAACCCCCCACCCUGGUUCCCUCUUCCCUGGCCCCCACCUCUCAAGCCCACUCAAUGCUCCCUUUCCAGCCCCCUGUCACCACAGCCUCCACCAAGCCUACCUUCACCCCAAUGAUCCAUCCAUCCCUCAUCCAGCCCCCUGCUCCAGAUACCCAGCCCCCUGCUCCAGAUACCCAGCCCCCUGCUCCAGAUACCCAGCCUCCGGUGUUUGAUGCCCUGGAUGACAUCCACCUAGACAUCCAAGUGGAGGAGCCUCUGACUUUAGAGGAGGAGGUCCCUGUCGUAGAGAGCCUCCCAGCAGAAGUCCCCCCAGAGAAGACCCCGGUCGUCAGCUAUCAGAGGCCUAUCAUGGAUCCUGGUCCAGACAGGGCUAGGGCCAACUGGCAACGGCUCUGCAGCAAGGUCCGACUACAGCUGCAGCAGGCUCGGGGGGAGUCCGUUGGGAUUUGCUCCCUGUUGCUAUCAGCAGGGGUGGGUGGUGCGCUGUAUAGCAUCGACAGCAUGCCGGACCUCCGCAAGAGGAAAGCCAUGCCUCUGGUCAGGGACCUGGUCAGUGCUAUGUCCCUGGCUCAGAACUCCAGGAAGGCAGGGUUCACAUCAGCUAUGGCGUCCAGCACUCUCAAUAACGAGGAUCUGAAGAGCCAUGUGUACAAGAAGACCCUACAGGCUCUGAUCUACCCCAUCUCCUGCACCACACCCCAUAACUUUGAGGUGUGGACGGCCACGACACCCACCUACUGCUAUGAGUGUGAGGGGCUGCUGUGGGGCAUCGCCCGCCAGGGCAUGAGGUGCACCGAGUGCGGGGUCAAAUGUCACGAUAAGUGCCAGGACCUACUCAAUGCUGACUGUCUGCAAAGGGCAGCGGAAAAGAGUUCUAAGCAUGGGGCGGAGGACAGAACCCAGAACAUCAUCAUGGUUCUAAAAGACAGGAUGAAAAUCCGAGAGAGGAACAAGCCGGAGAUCUUUGAGCUGAUCCAGGAGGUGUUUGCCAUGGUCAAAGUCACUCACGUCACCUACAUGAAGCAGAUCAAACAGAGCGUACUGGAUGGCACCUCCAAGUGGUCGGCCAAGAUCAGCAUCACAGUGCUGUGUGCCCAGGGCCUCCAGGCGAAGGAUAAGACAGGCUCCAGUGACCCCUACGUCACGGUCCAGGUGGGCAAGACCAAGAAGAGGACCAAGACCAUCUAUGGAAACCUCAACCCUGUCUGGGAGGAGAACUUCAACUUUGAGUGCCACAACUCCUCGGACCGAAUCAAGGUGCGGGUGUGGGACGAGGAUGAUGACAUCAAGUCUCGGGUGAAGCAGAAGUUCAAAAAGGAGUCAGAUGACUUCCUGGGUCAGACCAUCAUCGAGGUCCGCACGCUGAGCGGAGAGAUGGAUGUCUGGUACAACCUGGACAAGCGUACAGACAAGUCAGCCGUGUCUGGUGCCAUCAGGAUGCACAUCAAUGUAGAGAUCAAAGGAGAGGAAACAGUCGCUCCAUAUCAUGUCCAAUACACCUGUCUGCACGAGAACCUCUUCCACUUUGUCACAGAUGUGCAGAGUUCUGGUGUUGUGAAGAUUCCUGAUGCUAAAGGGGAUGAUGCGUGGAAGGUGUACUUUGAUGAGACUCCUCAGGAGAUAGUGGAUGAGUUUGCCAUGCGCUACGGAGUGGAGUCAAUCUAUCAGGCUAUGACUCACUUUGCCUGCCUGUCGUCUAAGUACAUGUGCCCUGGGGUGCCGGCGGUAAUGAGUACCCUGCUGGCCAACAUCAAUGCAUACUACGCCCACAGCACCCAGGCCACCAACAGUGUGUCUGCCUCUGACCGUUUCGCCGCAUCCAACUUCGGAAAAGAACGAUUUGUGAAGCUCCUAGACCAACUCCACAACUCCCUUAGGAUUGAUCUGUCCAUGUACCGGAAUAACUUCCCAGCCAGCAGUCCUGAGAGGCUGCAGGACCUCAAGUCUACUGUGGACCUGCUCACCAGCAUCACCUUCUUCAGGAUGAAGGUACAGGAGCUACAGAGUCCCCCUAGAGCCAGUCAGGUGGUGAAGGACUGUGUCAAGGCCUGUCUCAACUCCACCUACGAAUACAUAUUCAACAACUGUCACGAACUCUACAGCCGCGAGUACCAGACAGACCCGGCCAAGCUAGGAGUGGUCGUUCCAGAGGAGCAGGGUCCCAGCAUCAAGAACCUGGACUUCUGGUCCAAACUCAUCACCCUCAUCGUGUCCAUCAUAGAGGAAGACAAGAACUCCUACACACCCUGCCUAAACCAGUUUCCUCAGGAGCUCAACGUGGGUAAAAUCAGUGCUGAGGUGAUGUGGAACCUGUUUGCUCAGGAUAUGAAGUACGCCAUGGAGGAGCAUAAAAAUAACCGGCUGUGUAAGAGCGCAGAUUACAUGAACCUGCACUUCAAGGUCAAGUGGCUAUACAACGAGUACUGCAGAGACCUGACCUUCUUUAAGAGCCGUGUGCCUGAGUACCCGGCGUGGUUCGAGCCAUUUGUCAUCCAGUGGUUGGACGAGAACGAGGAAGUGUCUCGAGACUUCCUGCAUGGUGCACUGGAGAGGGACAAAAAGGACGGGUUCCAGGUGACUUCGGAGCAUGCUCUGUUCUCCUGCUCCGUGGUGGAUGUCUUCUCUCAGCUCAACCAGAGCUUUGAGAUCAUCCGCAAGCUGGAGUGUCCCGACCCCCAGAUCAUAGGCAACUGCAUGAAACGCUUCGCCAAGACAAUUGGCAAUGUUCUCAUAUCCUACUCGGACAUUAUCUCCAAGUGCUUUGCUAACUACGUCAACAUGGAGAAAGUGCCAUGCAUCCUGAUCAACAACAUCCAGCAGCUCAGAGUUCAACUGGAGAGGAUGUUUGAGGCCAUGGGAGGAAAGGAUCUGUGCAAGGAGGCCAGUGACUUCCUGAAAGACCUGCAGUUGAAGCUAAACACUGUGAUGGAUGAUCUCAGCAGGAUCUUUUCUGUCAGUUUUCAGCCACAGAUUGAAGACAAUGUGAAGCAAAUGGGAGACAUCCUUGGCCAGGUGAAGGGGACCAACGUGGGAGCUAACAACUGCAGCAGUGUGGCCCAGGAUGCUGACAAAGUUCUGGAGCCUAUCAUGGAUUUCCUGGACAGCAACCUGACGCUGUUUGCUAAGAUCUGUGAAAAGACGGUGCUGAAACGUGUUCUGAAGGAGCUGUGGAAACUGGUGAUGAACACUAUGGAGAGGACCAUCGUCCUGCCCCCUCUCACCGACCAGACGGGAACUCAGCUCAUCUCCAAUGCUGCCAAGCAGCUGGGACAGCUCUCCAAGAUAAAGGAGCACAUGGGUCGUGAGGAGGCCAAAGCCCUGUCCCCUAAACAGUGUGCUGUGAUAGAACUGGCCCUGGACACCAUCAAGCAAUACUUCCAUGCUGGAGGGGUGGGUCUGAAAAAUACCUUCCUGGAAAAGAGUCCUGACCUGUUGUCUCUACACUACGCCCUGUCCCUCUACACCCAGGCCACAGACAAACUCAUCAAGAACUUUGUUUCAUCUCAGAUCGCACAAGGCUCUGGUGUGGACGACGCCGUGGGAGAGGUGUCUAUCCACGUGGAGAUCUUCACCCACCCCAACACUGGAGAGCACAAGGUCACCGUCAAAGUGGUGGCAGCCAAUGACCUUAGGUGGCAGACCACAGGGGUGUUCCGUCCCUUCGUUGAGAUCUACAUCAUUGGUCCUCAUCUAGCUGACAAGAAGAGGAAGUACGCCACCAAAUCCAAGAACAACAGCUACGCCCCCAAAUACAACGAAACGUUCACAUACGCCCUCAGUAACGAGGUGGGCACAGAGUGUUACGAGCUGCAGGUGUGUGUGAAGGACUACUGCUUCGCCCGGGAGGACCGUACCGUGGGCAUAGCCGUAAUGCAGUUGAAGGACAUGUCCUCUAGGGGCAGCGUGGCGUGCUGGCUCCCCCUGGGGAAGAGGGUCCACAUGGACGAGACGGGCCUCACCGUCCUCCGCAUCCUGUCCCAGCGCAACAACGACGACGUGGCAAAGGAGUUCGUCAAGCUCAAGUCAGAUCAGCGCUCUCCCGAGGAGGGCCGAGGAUGAGAAGUCUUUAUUCGCUCAGCGCCAUCUACAGGCUAGGAAGUCCUUAUGCGGACUGACUGCAAGCCAAACUACUGCCUUGAUUUUCGAGUGUUGGUGAAGCACAGAGAAACAGUUCUUUACUAUAGUACUGUUCAUACAUCUUAUUGAAGAGGACAUGUGAUACCAUCUACAGGCAUUGUCUUGAAAGUACCAAUAUCUUUAUUAUGAAUAUAAUGAAGCAUGUCAUUUUGCUUACAUAUAUUCAUAAACACAACAAACUCACAAAACAGACCAACUUACUACAACACAUUCACACAAAGAGAGUUUAAAGGGAUAGUUUGGGAUUUUAUCUACUUUCCCAGAGUCAGAUGAACUCGUGGAUACCAUUUGUAUGUCUCUGUGUCCAGUAUGAAUGCAACUAGAGGUAGUUUCUCCAGCCAGUGCUAAAUAGCUUAGCACAAAGACUUGAAUUCUUCGUGUGGAACUAGUCGAGGAGACAGCGUGAAGAGUUCAUGUCUUUGUGCUAACCUAGCGCUAACAUUAGUUAGAGGUAAUUUCGCAAGCCACUUCUAACUUCCUUCAUACGGGACGCAGAGACAUAAUGGUAUCCACUAGUUCAUCUGACUCUUACGAAGUAGAUGAAGGGCUGCAUUGCCAAAAUCCUGAACUAUCCCUUGAUAGAGUAUAUUGUCUUCCUUUAUCUCUCCCUCUCUCCAUUUCUCAUAGCAUGGGCCAUGUCUAUUUGUGCUCUUCCAAUCACACAUUUGAACUAGAUUCUGCCAAUAUUGACUAGUUCCAUGCAUAGGUAUCUAAAUGGUCCUGGAGAUCAAGAUCUUGUAGCCUUGACCUCUCGUCUAUUACUUACUGUAUAUUACCUGCCCUUUCACUUCCUUUAUCUAGACUAGUGCCAAUGGAUCAAUCAAUAACGUUAUGUCAAGUCAAGCCCCAAGCACAAGUUAACAGGACCAACUGUGUACAGCAGACCAUCAGGCUUUUAGGCCUCAUCCAUUCCAAAGAGUCAGGUUUACACAGACUGGUUUAUGAUAGUAUUUCUAUGUGUUUUGGACCUUUCUUAAUUCCCCUGUGGAGUUUUCUAUAGGGGAGCAGGCUGGACUAAAUAUAGAUUGAAAUGUUUAUAUAUAUUAUAUAGAGAUAUAUUAUCGGUCAAUUUAUGAUAUAUUUAAAGACUAUAUGAAAACUUUGAACUUGAAAGAGUGUCCCUGUCUGUGUCGCAGUUUAUAAGUCUGUUUGUCUACCCUGUUACAGAGCACACUGCCUGAAACCCUCUAAGGCCUUGUCCUGUAAAACCUGUUGUCUGUCUUCAGUACAAAGUGAGAGCAACCUGAUGAAGACAAGCCUCGGAGCACUGCGAUUCAUCAGUGUGUGUGUGUUUGAGAGAAAGAAUUGAUUGAGUGUGAGUACAUACUGUUUAUGUGUGUCAUAAUAUUACACCGGUGACAUAAUGUAGACACCUGUGUUCCCUGCUUGUGUAAAUGUGUUAAUCACAGAAAGCCAUUGAGAGGAGAGAACACAAUACAGUGGAAGAAUGCGUAUUCUAUUGUAAAUUUGGUUUCUUUGAGAAUGUCCUAAGUGUUUUUGACUUCGGGGAAUGAAAGUAAAGCAAUUUUGGGAAGGUUUAUUGCUCGUUUGAUCGUAAAACAUUACGUCUGUGAACAGAUCUCCAUUCGUUUGCCUUGGAAAACAGCCACCUCCUCUCUCUCCUUCAACCUCUCUGAUCGAUAUGUGUCAGCGUGGAGGAGAGCAUUUAGAGACUAAAGACAGAUACGUUUCUUACCGCUUGCGUUGCCAUAGCAACCCCACGGUCUCUUUCUUCCCCUCUGCUGGGGCAGGCACACAACGUAGACAUGACCACAUUUACCUAAAAUGGCCUCUUACCAGGCUGUCUGGUCCUGGUUUUGUGCACACAGGGUCUGUUCACAAGGGCUAUAGUACCAGUCCUGCCCACUACAGUGAGACUUGCCAUAGAUGGUGACUGAGAUCGCUUUGUGGGGACAGGACCAGUGUCUAGGGCUGUGUAUGUGAACACUUGCCGUCUUGUUCAUGGCACUCACAUUUAGAAGCAGCACAUGGAAGGCUAUUCAGCACAGGGAACCCUUGGAGGUGUAGUAGCUCAUAUUGUGACCAUGCUGUAUCUAGUGCCAUUCCAGGACCUUCACCUGAAUCCUUUAUUAUUGAUUAAACUGCCUGGAGGAGGUUGAGGCUGCAGAAGAGGAAUGUAUGUAUUCCUGUUAUGUCAUGAUUGGCUUAUAUUAUGUCUGUGAUUGUAAUGACAGGUCUCUCUGAUCUCCCCC